CUCAAAUACAGGCCUGUGACCCUCAAGUUCUGGAAGGCAAAGGCAGUGUCUAUGUGGAGGUGCUGGCCCCGGGACCUCUGGAUCCAGAACAGGUCCCCAGCUGACCGAUGUGCAACAUGUCACACUGCGGGGAGGGCAUUUCAUUGUGAAACCCCAGCAGCGGGGCAGGAUGAUCAGAGCACGGCUAGAAAUGGUUCCUUGGGAGCAAGUCAAAGAGGGGGUGCCUGCACAAGGAGCAGCGUGAGGCCAGAUGCGAGCAGCUCCACCAGCCGGGUCGCUUCGUCUUAUCCCAGCGCUGGUUCUGCCGCUUGCAAUCUCGAAGUUUGCUCGGCGCCUUCCUCCGGCCGAGGGAUGGAGGUUCCCCGCUGCCGGGGCGGAGCGGGCAGGUAGCGCGGUGCAGGGUGUGUGUGUGUGUGUCUGUGCGCGUCUCCUUUGUCUGAGCAGCCCGAGCAGCGCCGAGCGCCCCGCGGGCGGCCGCGCAUCUUCCCCGCCCAGCGCCGCUCGGCACACCCGAGCCUCGGCCCGCCCCCGCCGGCCCUCGGCACAUCGCGGGGCUCAUUACCGGCGGGGGACUAAUUGCCGGCCGGGCGGCCGAGCCCCCCGUGCCCGGCCGCGCCGUGUGCGGGGGGCGGCCGCGGUGCCCCGGCCGCGCGGUGCCCGCUGUCCCCGCAGGCCGGCGGUGUGGAAGCGGCCCGCGAUUGGCCGUGCCGGCAGGGCCAGCCCCUUCCUGGCUGCCUGGCAUGAAUAUGCACGGCCCCCCUUCCUCCUCCUCCUCCUCCUGCAUGUGUGUGUGUGUGUGCGGGGAGCGGGGCUCCGCCAGCAGCGCCGCUCCAGCCAUGUCAGCUCGGCUCCGCCUGGGCCCACCAUGAGCCAUGGCCAUGUCUGCGAGCGCCGACGAGGAGGACUACGAGUCGGAGCCGGAGCCCGAGCCGGGGCCGGGGCCCGAGCUGGGGCCGGAGCAGGGACGAGAGAUGUAGAAGAAAGAGAAGGAUGUGUGCCGGAAUGAAAAGAGAACUUUUAUUAAUACUUGCAGGGUUUAUUCUCUGAAGCCUUUUUUUUUUUUUUUUCUUUUCCCGUGGGGGAAGGAGAAUAAACUUCUUGAAUUUAUGAAGUAAUCUGUGAAAAAUAAUCCAGAACAUAUGUUCUAGAUUGCGUAUUUUACUCUCUAAGAACUGCCUAAGCAAUUAAAAAUGCACCAGGAAUAGUAUUAAACAUGUGUAUGUAAUUUAAACAUAAA